ACUUAUACGUGCAGAUUAAGUCGUGACUGGAAUAUCUAUCUUUUUGCGAUGGCGACAUCCUCCAACAUCCGUCCCUCAACAAUUCUGAAGUCAGUCUUCAUCGCAUUUUGCGCAUUUUGUGUGCUGUUCACCUCAACAGAAGCCUGCGACGGUUACAAAAUAAAAGUAAAUAAGCUACAACCUUGCGAUAAUUCUGGGAUAAUCAAACUUAUAAAUCCCAAAAUCGUGCUGUCGCAAGAUUGCUUUGUUUCUGCAGUUGGAUGUAUGGAGAAUACUAAAGAAUUUUCAAGUUGCAAGUUGGCAUAUGACGUCAAGAAGAGAGGUAUGAUGAUCCCAAUUAAAGGCGAAAGAGAUGUGUGUGAAGAACUAGCCAAUGCAUCAAAAAACAAAACUGUGGCAGAAAAUCUGGCCAAGAACAAUAUCCCCACGUCAUGCCCAUUUAAGAAGAGUAAAAUCUGCGCUCCUGAGGACCAGAAGCUUGAUGUAAGCAGUUACAAGAACAAAUUUCGUCUUGCUGCUGGCCAAUAUACAGGAAAAAUUACACUUGAUUGUAAUUCGGGCAAAAGUUGCUUUGAUUUCGAUUUGGAAUUCAAACGUGGCAAAUAGAAUAUUAUUAUGAUCUGAGUUAUUUCACCUUCUUUAUGAUUAAAUGUAAUAAUAUAUUUAAUGUAGGGAAAAUUAAGACGUCUAUAUAAGGUAGUCUUCAUUUGGAGCAGCAGUACAAUUUGAUGUAGCGUUUGUAUUCCGCCUUUAAAACCAAUUACAAAAUUCUUCUCACUUAUUUUAAAGUCGUAUGGAU